AUGCCUCCGGGAUAUCAGUGGCAAGAUCAGGUCGAAUGGCACGAAGAAAACACCUUGGAGCGGUCUACAGCAUCCAAGUCGGGUGCCGAUACCCCGCAGGUUGUUAUUGGCAAGACCCUGGUUUUUAGGAUGGAAAAGCCGUCUGAUUGGGAUAGCUUUGAGGAACGAAGGAAAUGGCAGAGGAAACGAGAUCACCUAUGCAAAUACUAUGGAGAACUCUGUUUCAGCUUUCUCGAGGACCCUGAAUCCCUGAGAAAUCAGCUCGGCAGGAUCACGGUGGCACCAAACGAUUACUAUGCUCUGUUUGAAGUUUGGUCCUCUCCCGGCGUGGAGAAGCAGUACAAUGCUACUAUGGUUCUGCUCGAGGAAGGCUUGGGAAUGGACCGUGACCAUUUCUUGAGUUUGAAAAGCAUGCUCGGCAUGUGUUGGCAACAGCCAACAAAGUCUUCUAACAAGCGUCCUCUUGAUGAGGAUACCUCGCAGCUCCCGAUGCCAAAGGAUGAUGCCCCAGCAAGAAAUGCGGCCAAACGAGUUAGAUUCCAAGGACCAGCGCCGGACCCAGAGCAAGACCCAAAACCAAAGCCUAUACUACCAACAUCGCGGCCUUCACUAACAGGAUCUCUACCCUCAUCAGAAAUCUCGGACCCGGCACCAGUGACAUCAAGAUUGGCGCCUCCCUCAGUACCAAAUCUACCCCCAGUUGUCUCAAAAGCCAAAUCAGAGGUGCCGAGACUGCCGGAGCCAAUCUCGGAAACCCCUCUAACAUGGUCAAUGUCAACUCCAGCCGUCUCGAAACCCACGACAGCGGUGUCAACACAGCGACAAAUUCUCGACCUUCCGGCUUCUGAAGUGCGGUACAUUAGGAAAGCGCUAUUUCCUGCGGCGGCGUGGGAGCCUGUGGCGGCGGCAGCAAAGAACUCAGACGAGAACGCAACAUGCUGCACUUGCCCUCGAACAGAACCCCAUAGCUGUGGAAGAUUCACCACCAUAUCAGGCACGCUCUACGCAAGGAGACUGCAAGCUCUAGAGACGACGCAACAAGCCCAUUACGACCCGCAUCCCCGCCUUUGUGUCCAUGCUGGAAGGGGAAAGAAAGACGCAGACAAGGCCGAGAGCAAGCAUAGGGCCGGGGUCUUCACCGACUUCUAUCACACCAUUCAGUCCUGCACCGACGUCGCCACUUCCUGCAACUAUGACCUCGAUGAGGUUAUCCAACAACUUGCUGUGAGACUGGGUGUUGCGAAAGACCCGCUGCUGGCCUCUGCUGAGUUCGGUGGGGCUGCUGAUGUAUUGAAAUGGGCUAUUGUGUUUUGGAUAUUUGUCGAAACUUCGAUGGCCCAUUACAUUGGCGAGCUUGGUGAGGCAAAGUGGGCGGGUCACCAUCUGUCUGCCAGGACUGAAAUGUAUCAAGCCCUUCAGGAGCGAGCAUGGCAAUGCUUUCGUGGUUUGGUGGUGAGGUUGAGGCGGGUGCUCCAGGAAGGAGUGGCGGCAUGA